GGCGGGUCCUGAAGAGGGAAAUCAAGUGGUGACGUGUUGCUGAGAGAGGCCGAGGUUUCGAGCAUCAUCCCCGGUCUCCCGUUCUCAGAUAUCCCGAGUUCCAGGCCUCCGGUUCCGGGCCUCCCAGGAUGGAGACUUUAUAUCACCAAACCAAUAAGCAGAUCCAUGAGGUGCAAGCCCACAUGGGGCGGCUGGAGAAGGCGGAUGCGCAAUCUGUUCACUUGGUGGAAAAUGAAAUCCAAGCCAGAAUAGAUCAAGUAUUUAGCAGCUUGGAGCGGCUUGAAAUAUUGACUAGCAAGGAGCCACCAAACAGACGUCAGAAUGCUAAGCUUCGAGUGGAUCAACUGAAAUAUGACUGCCAGCACUUACAAACAGCUUUAAAGAAUUUCCAGCACCGCCGCUAUACACGUGAGCAACAGGAUCGAGAGCGUGAGGAAUUGUUGUCGCGCACAUUCACAACCAAUGAUGCUGACACCUCAAUAGCAAUAGACGAGACCUUGCAGUUUAAUACUUCUUUACACAAUGCACACAAAGGAAUGGAUGAUCUUCUGGGGAGCGGGUCCUCUAUUCUCACUGGACUACGGGAUCAGCGGAUGACUCUCAAGGGAGCACAAAAGAAGGUCCUAGAUGUGGCAAAUAUGUUGGGAAUGUCAAAUACUGUGAUGCGUCUGAUUGAGAAACGGGCCUUCCAGGACAAAUUCAUCAUGAUCGGUGGAAUGGUUGUGACCUGCAUUAUCAUGGUCUUGGCAAUUAAAUACUUGACAUGAGAUGUCUUUGUGAUGCAGUCUUCUACAGGAACCAUCAGUAAUUCCUUGAGAAGCUGGCCAACUCUGUCUGGCUCAUUGCUUUCAGAAUUGUUCCCCUCCCUUCAGCCUGCCUCAAACCUUUUACAGGACCAAAUUUGGAUAACUGAUCUCAAUGAACAAUUUAGUGUGCACACUUAGCAAUAAAGCUUCCAAUUGUUUCUGACAGGAAGACUGAUCAAAGACCUGAUGAAAGCUAUUAAUUCUAGUUAUAGUGAAUAAGAUAAUGGAUAUCAAUGAACUUUAUAUUCUUGUACCUGGAAGAGAAGAAUAUUUCAGUCACUCUGUACAUUGAUUAAAAUGUUUUUAACCUGGAAGCUACCUUUUGGCAGUCGUCUCCUCUCAGCACUGCCGCCCCUAUUUUUUUUCCCUUUUUCAAAAAAAAAGUUAAAUAAUUGCAGAUAUUUGCUGUGGCGGCUUCAAAACCAGCACUUCCCAAUAUAAUCUGUUAAUCCUUGACUGUCAAAGAUUGGAUUCUAGGAAUGCCGUGAACAGUAAGUUGUGCUUCAGAAACUGGCUGGCCUCUGUGCAAUUUCCCAGUUUCUUGAGGUCAAAGGGGAAGAAGUCCCUAUUCCAGAGUUCCACCAAUCCCAAAUCCAUUCCAAGGCUGAUUUCUGUGGUUCGUGUCCAGUCAUCUAGACCUUAUAUUAAUGUUUUGAAAAAAGUAAGUGUGAUUUCCCCCUUGUUCCCCCCAAUAAAGUAUUCUGCCAGUAUUUCUUCCUCAUUCAACAUUGUUCGCUGCGUAGGAGUUUGGAGCUCAGCCCUGACAUCCUGUGCAAGGGGUCUGUACGUUCUCCCUGUGGAAUCUGUGGUUUUUUUUGGGUGCUUCACUUUCCUCCCACAGUCCAAAGAUGUAACAGUCAGUUGGUUAAUUAGUCGUUGUAAAUUGUCCUGUGAUUAGAUUAGCAUUAAGUCAGGGAUUGUUGGGGUUUGCUUGGUGGUGCAGGUUGAAGGGCCAAUUCCUCACUGUGUAUAAAAAUAAAUAAGCAAAUCUUGCUCAGAAAACAAUUAGAUGUGGCACCCUGCUUUGAGCGAUUGGCCAACAAUGGCCACCCAGUGACACCACUGGCAGAAGUUUGUAACUGCAAUACAAGCAAUUUUAGAUAAUACAGGUCAAAACUCAGCAGUCUGUCACUCUUGACCUGACCAUUGCCAGAUCACAGAAAUUGCACCUGAUGAUCUUCCUCUGAGUAGAAGAAUUGUUUUUAAAGUAUAUACACUUCCUGGGUUACCUAAAGGUUCUGAGAACUAAGUGUAACCCAAAGUUUCCAUAAGUCAGAAACACUGUCGAUAUGGGAGGGUUAAUCAGUACAGAUUUAAAUUUUAGAUCUUUAUUAGAUCAUGGUUAGAAUUAAUUAAUUAGUACAAAUCUGUACUACAAAUUUAAAACCACAGUGCUAGGUGAGAGAAUGUCAACCUGUAUUGAGACAUCUGAUGAUGGUCGACUCUAACCAUCUGCCACAGCUCAAAUGAUGGGUCCCAAGCAGUGCUGCUCAGCAAGUGUGCAAGAUAUCCCAGUCCCUACCUAUUAGAGAUAACACAAUGAUCAUUUUCAAAGAAAAGUCAAAAUAUGCAGGGAGCUUGAGGGAAAAUGGGGAUGGAUAUACUUAAAAUGUCGCCUUUAAAUAUUUCCAUUAUUGCUGUUUGAGCCUGUAUUCAUUAUAAAGUAACAAACUGUUUUUUUCAGUCUUGAUGGUCUCCAGAUGUCUUCAGUGUGGCAAUGGCAUAUUAUAAAAGUGAUGACCCAUUAUGUAUCAGUACCUAAAGCCCAUGGGUCUGUGUUUGAUGAAAAUAUGUGAUGUGAACUACUCUUGACUGAAACAAACUGUUUGUUGACUGCAUCAGACUGUGACAACUUUCCACAGAAACAUCUCUUGUUUGGCCUGCACAUACUUCAAAAAAUAUCUGCUAUACAGUAAUUAAAAAAAAGCCUAAAUGGCAUCCUUGCUCAUUAUUCCUUUGUCUCCAUUUGAAUGUUUUAUCAUAUUUACUGAGUGAAGAGAAAGCAUUUUCUUUUCUAACUGGAGAGUGGCCUAAAAUUAUAUUUUAAAAACAUUAAAAUGCCCCAGUUUAUAUAGAUACCCAGAGACAAAUGUAAAUCUACUAAAAAUGCAAAGGUGCUUUAAUGUUGGCCACCAUUAAAGUAUAGCAUGUAAAUUUGUUGUAAUUUGUGUUGUGGUUAUGAUUAGACUGUGAAUGUAUGAAAACUGAUAAGAACUUAAUCCUGCAACUACACUCCCUAUAGCUUGUAAUUUAUGUUGAUGUUCUGUUUAUCAGACUGCAAAUCCUGUCUUUUCACCUCAGUAGUUUGUGACUGUAACAUGUAUAUUUCAAUCCAAAUUUAAUGAGGAAGAUUUGCUGGCUCUAUUAACCCAUCUGGGCAGAGUGGAAAUUGAAAUAGGUGAGUGUGCUCUCAGAAGGGAGGUGGACUUAAUUUUCUGUCUAAGAUAAUUUUUAGGCAGCUCCUCAGAUCCAGGCUGAUUAAUUUCCACUCCAGUGCUAUGGAUUCUUUGGUGGCCAAGAAGGUGAAUGUUGGAACUGCGGAUUCUUCCAUGGGUAGAGUUGGAAGUGUCGAUGUGGCAGGUAGCUGAGCAGUUUAUAAGGUGACCUGCCCUUUCCCAUGCAUGUACAGCUUUCCUCUGUAAAAUGAAUGGACUCUAGCUUUUCAAUGUUCCUCCACUUUAAGCAAUCCUGAAUCUGAAAUUUCGAUAGGUAGGUACAUUUAAUAUCAGAAAAACGUAUACAAUAUACAUCCUGAAAUUCUUUUUCUUCGCAAGCAUUCACAAGGGUAGAGGAGUGCCCCAAAGAAUGAAUGACCCCAAAGCCCCCACAGCUCCCUUCCCACGCAAAAGCAGUGGCAAGGCAAUGAACUCCCCCCCCCCCCCCCCACUCCCCCACCAGUCAAAAAAACAUUGGUACCCUCCACAGAGCACUCAAGCAUCGAUAAAGACACAGACUUGUAGUGCCCCAAAGAAUACUCGUUCACCCGGUAAUUCAGCAUACUAUAGGCUCACUCUCUCUAAUAAGAGAAAAAGAGGUGUCCCUGUUUCACAGCGAGAGGGGAGACAUAACCAUCAACUCACUGAUUUAUGGUGUUAGAAGUCUGUUGCGUCGCUUUUUCCAAGAUGCCCACUGUAAGUAGUCCAAUCCAUAGAAGUUUAUAAAAAGGCAGGCUUUGUUGCUGCAUUUGUAGAUGAUGGUUUUGUGCCAGAUCUGAGGUCCUCAUCUUGAAAUAGUUUUUUUCCCAAUUGUCCCAUGUCUGUACUGAUGCAUUGAAGCUGGCAUCAAUGUCCACUUUUGCUCAACAAAGACAAGGCAGUGGUCCACGUUUCCUCUGGUCACACCACAGCAGCGGAAAGUUGAUAGAGGACCUUUGAUAAAGAUUUUGAACGUAAAUCUUGCCCUCCUUUCAAAUUUCCUGGAAAGAACUGACAUGGCUUGGAGCUCAGCAGGGAUAAGCAAAUUGUCUCCAUGUUAGGGUAACUUUGGGUUCAAGUUCUAGUUUAUUGUUAUUCAAUUGUGCACAUGUAUACCGCCACGUGAAAUAACAUUCCUCCAGACCAAGGUACACAACACAGUGCAUGUAACUCUCACACAUAACACAUAAAUUAAUAUCACCACAAAUAAAUUAACAAAUAAUAUGGUGUAAGUUGAAAAAGUAAACAGUAUAAUGCUACUUGCCCUUCAUGUGUGAUGAGACCUGGGUGGUGAUAGGGAGUUCAGUAGUAUUAUGGACUGGGAAAAGAAGCUACUUCCUAUCCUUGUCCUAACGUUUUGGUACCUCCUGCAGAUGGUAGAGGUUCAAAGAGAUUGUUGGACAGAUGGGAGGGAUCUUUGACAAUGCUAAGGGCAUUGUGUUAUGGUAUGAGGUUGCUGUGGAUUAAACAGUGCCUGUUAAUUUUGAAAUUAAGUGACACUUCCAUGGGAAGUUUUGUAGGUUAGAUGAAAUGUGGCAAGAGGAUUCAGAAAUGUUGGCACAGUGAUGUGACACCAGUCUUCGCUGCGAAUGAUUCUGUUGUUUGGUAUUGUGUUGUGAACUCAGUGUAAGAUGGAGGCAAUUUUUCUCCUGGCAGUUGAAUUUGAAAGAGGUGCACUGAAUGAUUGAGUCAAAGGCUGCAAAGACUAAGUAUGAUGGCAAGUGCUGCUUCCUGCUUUUUUCUUGAAGUUAUUGCUUGGUGAAUUGAUCCAUUAGGUCACCCUGUGAUAUGGAAAUAGCCCACUGGGAGGCAUUGGUUGUGCGGGACCCGGACAAUGACUCUCCUUGGUGGGAAGAUCCCUGUGCAGUUACCACAGGCGGGUUUGGCUCUUUCUUGAAGAUAGUUGUGAUUAUGUUGUCUUUGAGAUUCCCUUAUUCACAUCCCAGAUGUGAAGAUAAGAUAGUGGAUUUGUGACUGAACUCUUCAUGGCCAAGGUUUAGUACUUCAGCAGGGAUUCCAUCCGUUCUUGACAUCUUGUUACUUUUGGCUGUGUAGUCAGGAGUGGUGGGUAGAGUUCUUUGGGAAAGUAGAAAAGGGUUGCACUUGAGGAGGGUUUUUGAAGUGUUCCUUCCAGCAUGUGUUGAUUACAUCUCAAUUCAUGAUGAGUUCACCCCAGUUCCAGGCUCUCAGUGAGUGCUGGUGCUGUUGAUGGCUUUUACAGCACUGAAGCGUCUGAUAGCCACUAAUGAGGUGCAGAAUCUUGGCAAAUUUCUGAUUUAAAUUAUGGGAGGCCCCUGUAUGGCUAUGCACACUUCUCUGCUGCAUUCUCCUCAUGCCCAAAUGACCCAGAAUGGUCCAAAGCACAGUAAUUUCUGCCCAGUUAAUAUUUCAACUUAUUUUGCAUCAGUAACAUUGUGAUUUGCUCAUCUGUCAUAUUGGAAACAAGUAUCAUUGGGUGAUGUUUCAAAUAUUCAGUUAAUUUCCAUUUUUAGAUUACUUUUGCAAAACAACCCUUUUGGGGCUAUUACUGUGCAGAAUGCUUGCUUUCAUUUUAAAUCUAGUUUCUUCUUGAUGACUGUGGCAUAUUAAUUAUUUUUAUUGUCUGUCAAGGGUCUACUACAUUAUCAUUUCAGUUUCCUAUCUCCUAUCACUGCCAAGUGAGCUGGAAUAUGUAUCUCAAGCACAUUUAUUGCACCCAAAAGAAUUAUUUAUACUUUAGUGAUAUUAACAGGGAUUAGAUUUAAUAAUGUAAUAUAAUACAAUUUCAUCCCCUAGAGUUUGGAGUCUGUUGAAGUCCAUACUUGCUCAAUGUGAAUUUGCCUCAGAAUUGAUUACAUUUUAAGCUGUGCAUCCUGAAAUGGUCAGACAUUGGUGUAGUUUCAGUGUGAGAUCCCAGUCCAUGGGAGUGCCCCUAUCAGAUGAACAACUUAAUAACAUGCUUACCAUGGGACUGUUUGAUACUGACAACUGUAAAUUUAUCAGGCAGACUCAAAAGAACCAGUAGAAGUAAUGUUUGGCCAUAUCCUAAAUGAUAUAGUGCAGAUAAGAAAGGAUGCAGGCUGAUAAUGUGUUGCACCACAUUGGUUAGCUCAACAUUAACUUCUCUCUAUUUCAAUCAUGUGAUUGUUGACUCUGCUGUUUACACACUGUCUGAGUAUUGAACAACUUCCAGAAUGUUUUACAAAGCAAAGUUUGCACUGCACACUCUUCGAAUGCAGAGUGUGUGAAAAGUCACAGGCACUGGCUUGCAGAAACCUUCCCUUAAUUUAACAGGGAAGAUCUGCUCCAAAGAGGAAAGCUUUGGGGGUGUGGGAAGGAGAACAUAAUUAGGGAUUACUACUGCUAGUUAUACAUGCAGAAGAUGAACAUAUCCAUCUGUUACUUUAGCUGUAACAAUAUUAUUUAGAUUGUAAUAGCACAAUGCAUAAACAGCAUUAUUUUGAAUGGGUUUAAUUACUUUCUAUUUCCUUCAUCAUUUCAGGCAUUGAUGAUUCCAUUCUUACAUUUAUGGAAUAUUAACAUUGGAAAGUCCAAGGAAGUGUUUAAAUGGGACAAGUGAAAAGGUUUUCAGACCAAUCAAUAUCUGCCCUUUGAUGGCUGAUAUGAUUUUCUUCCAGAAUCACAAACUAUCCUCUUUGCCGGUCCCCAUUUCUUUGACUCUGUCAAUAUUAUUAAAAGAAUCACAGUUUGCCAUGUAAUUUCCCCUAGCCCUGAGUAUUGGAAGAUGAUGAGUUUAUCACAGGAUCAUGUUAGAGUAUUGUGUUCAAUUCUGGUCACCUCAUCAUAGGAAGGAUGUGGAAGCUAUGGAGAGGGUGCAGAGGAGAUUUACCAGGAUGUUGCCUGGAUUGGAGAACAAGUCAUAUGAAGCAAGGUUAGCAGAGCUGGGACUUUUCUCUUUGGAGCGUCGAAGAAUGAGAGGGGACUUGAUAGAAGUCUACAAGAUUAUGAGAGGCAUAGAUAGGGUGGAUAGCCAGUACCUGUUUCCCAGGGCACCAAUAGCAAACACCAGAGGGCAUAUGUACAAAAUUAAGGGAGGGAAGUUUGGGGGAGACAUCAAGGGUAAGUUUUUUACACAGAGGGUUGUGAGUGCCUGGAAUGACUUGUCGGGGAUGGUGGUGGAGGCUAAAACAUUAGGCACAUUGGACAGACACAUGGGUGAAAGAAAAAUGGAAGGUUAUGGGGUAGUGUGGAUUUAGUACUUUUUUAAAGGAUUAUAUGGGUCGGCACAACAUGGAGGGCUGAAGGUCCUGUACUGUGCUGUAAUGUUCUAUGGUUCUAUGAAAAGGGUGAUGCAGGAGGCUAUUAGUUCCAUCAUAUGCUGCAUGAGGAAGAUCUAGCAUGUCCUUUGAGCACCUGGUUCAGAGUUCUGCAGCUGCCACUUUGGGUGGAUACACAAAUGCUUUAAUACCAUGAGGGCUUCUCCCUCGACCGCAUAUUCAGGCCCUGAACCCCAACCUCUACUAUGCUCUGCAUGAAAAAACUCUUCAUCUGAACCCAUCAUUGUUUUAAAUCCACACCUCCUAGUUUUUGAUCUAUCAACUGAGGGAGCCCAGGCUUUCCUAUUUAUUCUUUCUAUCCCCCCCCCCUUAAUUCCAUGCACUUUGGUUGAGCCAACCUUAUCCAAUCUUUCCAUAUACUCCUGAUGUUCAAGAUCUGGUAAAUAUUUGCAAAACUCUGCCCUGUCACAUUUUUCAUACUGAUGCUCUGUUCAAGCUGCAGUCUAAUUGGUCACGUGUACAACUCAAGAAACAUCAUUCUACCAUUUGUUCAAUGCUCUAUUAUUAAAUGUCUUGGCAUGAACUAGA